UGCAAAUACGUUAAUAAUUAAUAAAAAAAGCUCAACAUUUAUUUGCUUAAAAAGAACGAGAAAUUCGUGAUCGAAUUUCAAAAAACGUUUGUUUCAAUAAGCUAAAGAUUUCACGUUUUAAAGAUUUAUUUUUAAACUUUUUAUCAUCAUAGUGUUGAUCGAGGCGCAUAUAGAUAUAUAUAGAUACAUCUAUAUGCGUAAAUUUAGAUCGUCGACAGCGGAACUUAGUAUCGCCCGUUGCACGUUCCAAAAUGUGACAUUAAAUCGUAUUUGUACUCAUAUUUUAUACGAUUAUGCCAGCCCUCGGGUAUUUAUACCUUACUAUAUUCACUCAUUACAAAGCAAACGAUUUCACGUGAAAUGAUACGUCGAAACGGAAGAACAAAACAUAAAAUUUAUUUUAUUGUUGCAUUCUUAGGACUGAUAGUCCUUUACAAUGAAUUUCUUGCAUAUGACAUUCAAGCCUUCAGAUGGUCUGUACAAAAAUGUGCAGACUGUGUUUCCGUAUUAUUGGUAGCAGAUCCACAAAUACUUGGAUAUAAAAAUGAAAAUUACAAAGGGUCAUCAUGGGCUAUAUGGGAUAGUGACAGAUAUUUAAAGAAGACCUUUAGCAGAGCUGUAGAUAGAGUACAACCAAAUGUUAUUGUAUUUCUUGGAGACAUAAUGGAUGAGGGUCAUAUUGCUUCCGUUGAAGAUUUUGAAAAAUAUAAAAGAAGGUUUUCAAACAUUUUUGAUACUCCUGAAAAUACAAUGAAAAUUUAUAUUCCUGGCGAUAAUGAUAUAGGAGGGGAAGAAGAUAUGGUUUCUUCUCAAAUUCAUGAAAGAUUCAAUUAUGCCUAUACCCAGCCAGAUACUUUAGUUUAUAGUACAACAACCUUUUUCAAGGUAAAUAGAUUAACAAAAUCAAUUCCUCCUGCUCCAAAAGAGGCAUUUCUUAACGAUUACACUGAACGGAAUACUACCAAUAUUGUCCUCAGUCAUCUUCCUCUAUUGUUUACACCAGGGUCCUUUGUUCAAAACGUUCUCAAAGAAUUGUCACCUCAAAUUAUAUUUACGGCUCAUGAUCACAAAGCUAUGCACAUGAGUUUAGAUACUGCAACUGAUCAGCUCAGUGAUGUCUGGGUUCUCCCACCUCAUCAAACUCCUUUAUAUCAGUUGAGACUUGAUAUGGGUGACGUACAUGAAUUACAGAUACCAACGUGCUCUUAUAGAAUGGGAACUAAAAAUAUGGGAUAUGGUUUAGCUUAUAUAGAUACUCAAGAAAAAACUUUAGAUUUUACAAUUCUAUGGUUACCAGACAGAUUUAAACAACUUUGGCUGUAUCUUUAUUCCCUGGCAGCUGCAUUAUUAAUUUCUCUUGUUUUUAUUAUUUUUUGUACUUGUACAAACAGUAAUGCUACUUAUAGUCGUGUGCCUAUAUAAAUAUUUAAGAGAACCCAAGAGAGAUUAGACUUAUCCAAACAGCAUGAAAAAUGUCCUCCUCAAUUAUGAUUGCCAAUCAAUUUAGUCACAGCUCUGAGUACAUGACAGUUAAUAUUUUUAGAAAAACCUUACUUUGUUCAACUUAAAAUUGUAGAUGUCCGUCCAGAAGAAACUUAUUAAUUUAGAAUGUAUAUAAUAGUUAGUAUUCAUCUUAUAUCGUUGUUGAUUAGUACAAUGAAUUAUAUAUAUUAGGAUGUCCCUCAUUUUCUAAGUUGCAUGGAAUCCCGCAUCCGCGCUUUUGAACAUUUCAUUCGAUCUAGAAAUGAAAAUAGCCUCAACUUCAACUUUUUCAAAUUGUAAUUUUUCUGGGCCUACAAUUGAAGUUUUUUCAUUAACACCUUCCAAUGUGUGGACGAGGAAAUGGGAAUUUAUCAUUUUGGAAAUCAAGGGAUACCCUAAUCUACAUAUACCUUGGAACUGUUGUUUUAUAAUUUUGAAUGUUGUAAAAAGAAUUUCAAGUCAUUCACGUUUUGUUAUAAUGUUACAUUGAAGAAUUAAAUGAAGUACUGUAUUUUAUAUUGAAAUUUUAGAAGUAAAAUUUUCAUUAAAUUGUGUCACAGUUUUAUACUUCAAAUAGUUUAUUCAUUGGACUAAAAGAUUUUAUAUUUACAUUGUUCCUAAAUAUUUAAGAUCUACUGUUAAAGUGUUUACAAAAAUCUUUUAAGAGGAAAUCAUCUUUCAAAUAUAUUAUCAAUAUAAUUGUUAAUAGAUCAAAAAUUAAUGAAUUAUAAAUAUUUAAAUCUAUUUGUAAAAAAUGUUUAACAGCCAACAAAUGAAACUGAAGUGUUUCAAGUUUCUUAUAAAUGUUGUUAUCUUCUCAACUGUUUAAGCAAAUGCUGCAAACUAUUCUUGUGAGAUGAAUAUAAUGUCAAAGCAUUGUCAAUGAA